CUGUCAUGAAGGGCGUUCAAGGCGUAGAAAUAUGACAAUGAGUGGGUGUGAACGACGUCUAAUCGGCUGACAUGCCAUAGCUGCUGUUUACCUACAUCCACGGCUGCGCUGCGCCGGUGCGAUACCCCGGUUUCGGGCGCAUUUGCCGGAGACAAGGUCCGGGGUCAGCGCCUUUGCCUAUCUCUCUUCACCCUCCUACAUCAACCCAACUGCGUCUGCCACCAUUUGCAAUUGAUAGAGACUCAUUGGCUCUCACUGAAAAGGGAUUGCAGUGUGUAGUUGUUAUAUUGAGUUUCUUAAGAGCAUCAUUUUCACCAUGAUCGCCCGCCUGAGGCCAGUGCUGUCUGUUUCCCGCCAGUUGAGGUCACUCUCAACCGCGCGGGGUUCCUUAUCUGGACUCAAGAUCAACACCGACAGGCUUCAAGAGACGAUUCAUCAUACCUGCCAAUGGGGUGCAGCACAUCGAUAUGGAAAGGGUGUGACAGAGACGGGCAUGGCCAGACUGGCGCUGUCCGACGAUGAUGCUCGCGUUAGAAAAUGGUUCGCUGAUGAGGUAGCAAGCCUUGACUGUGAACUUUCAAUCGACGAGAUGGGGAACAUGUUUGCGAAACGUCAAGGGGCGCUCAAGUCUUCCGCCCCGAUGACAGCCAUGGGGAGCCAUCUUGAUACCCAACCCCGCGGUGGCAGAUAUGACGGUAUUCUCGGCGUUCUGGCCGCUGUGGAGGUGAUGAGAACACUAAAGGACAACAACUUCAAGACGCAAUUUGAUGUUGGCAUCGUCAACUGGACCAACGAAGAAGGCGCCCGUUUCCCAAGAUCGAUGAUGUCCUCCGGUGUCUGGGCAGGUGAAAUCCCGCGGGAAAAGGCCUGGGACUUGGGCGACAUCUUCGACCCUUCUGUAACCGUCAAGUCCGAACUGGAACGACACGGCUACAUCGGCCCCCUCGCCUGCUCAAGCGACGCAUCAGCUGGAUACCCUCUGGGCGCGCAUUUCGAGUUGCACAUCGAGCAGGGCCCCAUCCUCGAGGAGAACGGCAGGAAGAUCGGCGUCGUGCAGGGCGCGCAGGCGUACCGCUGGUUCACCUUCACCAUCACGGGCCGCGACGCGCACACGGGCACCACGCCGUUGAAGUCCCGCAGGGACCCGUUGCUCGCGGCGUCAAAGAUGAUUGCUGCCUCCAAUGCCAUCGCAAAGGAACUCGGGGCGCUGGCGUCGACGGGUGUUCUCAAGAUCCCGCCCAGCUCAUCGACCAACACUAUCAUCUCGGAGGUCACAUUCACCCUCGAUAUCCGCCACCCCGAAGACGCAGUCGUCGAAGAGGUGCAGAGGCGAUGCAUCGAGUCGUUUGAGAAGAUCGCUGGGGAGGAUGGCCGCGGGGUUGAGAUGCAGUGGACCCUCGAUACCGAUUCGCCUGCGGUCAAGUUUGAUAAGGAGUGCAUCCAGGCCGUGGAGAGCGCGGCGAUUGAUCUUUUUGGGCCGGACGGCUGGCUGCCGUUGACGAGCGGCGCGGGGCAUGACAGCGUUUACACGAGCAAGCGGUGUCCGACUACGAUGAUUUUCGUCCCUUGCAAAGACGGUGUGAGCCAUCACCCUGAGGAGUAUUGCAGUCCGGAAGAUUGGUCAGUGAAUGCGCCCUUCGGGUUGUGAAAACCGUGAGCUAACUUUGCUGCAGUGCGAAUGGCACUCAGGCCCUGCUUGAAGCCGUUAUAAGCUACGACCAUUUCAGAGCUAGCAGGAAGUGAUGUUGUAUGAGAGGUUUUGAGAAGGAGAAAUUGAGAAUCGGCUGUUGGAAUCAUCUACCAGAAAUAUGUCAUUUUGCUCAUUCAAAAGAAAUAUUCCGCAUUGGAGAUUUGGGUGAGGUGAGUGUCUGUGAACAAACUCUCAGUGAGUGAGUGAGUCCAAGCACAUGCCUUAACUCCUGCAUCAAACUCAUCACAUGAAUGUCCUGAGCUGGCCC